CGGAGGGAAUAUUAACACCUAAUGAUGAAUGAGCAAGAGAGCACGAGAGCACACGACCAACCUCGACAUAAUGACCAAAUUAAAAGGGAGUAAUUUACGAGCCAAUGGGGUUUGCCAAACUAUCUAGGAACUCUGAAUCGAAGCUUCUCUCUGUCCUCCUCUCUUUCUCCACUCUCACUAUUAUUUUCAGAUUUCAACUCUCAUUUCUUGUUCAUCUUUGUCAAUUUCAGCUCUUUGAAUUGUUUGAGUGUGAGGAUCAAGCAUUAUGCGUGCCACGUCAUUGUUAGCACAGUGCUUACCAGGUUUGUUGCCCCAUGAUCGAGGAAAUCCCAGCAUCUCUGCUGUUUCAGACAGAGAUGCUCAAUUUACUCCACCCGCUGUUGAAAUUCUCCCAUCAAAGGUGGUACAAACUUCCAAGGGUGAUGGAGACAAUGCUGAUGGACAAGGACUCCAUACAUUCAAGGGAAAGAUUAAUGUUGCAGAUAUAGUUGGUUUCAGCGGGCUUGAAACAAUAUGCUCAAAAAUGGAUGCAUCACUCAAACCCUGGGAUAGUUCGUUUGAUCUUGUAAAUGUCCUUAAACAUGAGAUCCGUGAUGGGCAAUUAAGCUUCAGGGGCAAAAGAGUGCUUGAGCUUUCCUGCAGCUAUGGGCUUCCUGGUAUAUUUUCAUGCUUGAAGGGUGCAUGUACUGUGCAUUUUCAAGACAUAAAUGCAGAAACUAUUAGAUGUGCAACCAUUCCCAAUGUCCUGGCUAAUUUGGAGCAUGCUAGAGACCGACAAAGUCGCCAACCUGAGGGGCCUGUGACUCCAUCUAGGCAACCUUUGGCUCCCGCUGUGCAUUUUUAUGCUGGGGACUGGGAAGAGCUACCCUCUGUCUUAUCUGUUGUGAGAAAUGAUGCUUUUGAAGCUACUCCUGGAAUGAGUAUGUGCUUUUCAGAGGAUGAUUUUAAUGAUGGAUGUAGUAGCCAAGAUGGCAGCGUUACUGGGCAAGAGUCCUCAACAAAACCUAGGCGUUCUCGGAAACUUUCUGGAAGUCGGGCUUGGGAAAGGGCUAGUGAAUCAGACCAUGGGGAUUGUGGCUACGAUGUUGUUUUGAUGACUGAGAUUCCUUGCUCAGUAACCUCUCUGAAGAAACUCUAUGCACUGAUUAAAAAGUGUCUUAGGCCUCCUUAUGGAGUUCUAUAUCUAGCAACAAAGAGGAAUUACGUUGGCUUCAACAGUGGAGCUCGGCAUUUGAGAAAUAUAGUCGAUGAGAACAUUUUUGGAGUUCAUUUAGUUAAAGAGAUGACUGAUAGAGAGAUUUGGAAGGUCUUUCACAAAUAAAUACUCAUGCUAACAUGAACGAGUAUAUUAUUGAUUAGAGAUUUGAGAUACAAAAAUUUCCCCCCUUCCCUUUAGGCGUUUGUAUCCGUAUAAUAUGUGCUGCAGAUAUCGUUCCUUCAUUAUUUUGCUUAGUGAUAGUGAUAAAGAAAUACAAGUAUGAAUUUCAAGGUUAGCUGAGCUGAUCUUCGUUGUAAUUCCCUCCAUUUAGAUAUCGGUAACAGGUGUAAAUAGGUUUUGGCUGCGCAAGAAAAAUUCUAGCAGUUUUCCACAAACUCCAUAACUGAUGUACGAAGUAUUAGUUUUCUUUCGCCUUUA